AUAUGUCUUAAGUUCACGGGAGUUCAAUAUUGAAUAAAGAAAACCCAAAUAAGGCUCCUGAUCAUUUAGGAUCAAAUGUGUUUACAGAUUUGCUAUCAUCUACUUUUUAUACAGUGAUUGGUUAUGUUUGCUUAGAUAUUGUAUUUGGAAUCAGUUUACAUUUUAUUGCUUCACAUAAUGAUCCUAAUGCAGUAGCAGGUUUAGGAUUAGCAUUUACAACAGUGAAUGUGUUAUUGAUUCCAAUGGCUUUAGGUAUUGAUUAAUAUUGAAUGAAAGGUACAAAUUAAUCAUUGAAUGUACAUUCAGCUUAAGCUCUUGGGGCUAAGAAACCUAAAUUGGCUUAAAGUUAUUUUACAUUGACUAUAUAUAUUCAUUUGAUGUACUUUAUUCCAUUUUCAAGUACUUGAAUAUAAUAAAUGCAAUAGUAAUUCUGAUUCUAAUGAAGCCAAUAGUUGCUAAGACAAUUAAUGAAGAAGAUAGAGAUGCAACAGCAGAUGCUUCAUAAAUUUACUUAUAUUAUUUAUUACCAUCAACAUUAUUUGCAAUAUUAUAUGAAUGCAUGAAAAGUUUUAUGAUAGCAAAUAAAGUAUGAUAUUUAUACAUAGAUAUUUAGAUAUUUGCAGUGUUUAUGUUUAUAUAAUUGGGUACAGCUGCUCUACAUACUUUAUGGUGUUAUUUGUUUAUAGAUUAUUUAGAUAUUGGAGGAGGUAUUCCAGGAGCAGGAUUGGCUAUUAUCUGUACAGAAGUUUUGAAUUGCAUAUUCUGUUUAAUAGUAGUUCUAGGAACUAAAUAUAAAAAGUAAGUAUUUAGUGAUUAUAAAUUUAAAUUUACUAUGAGAAAAAAAGAAAAGAAAUUAUUCUCAAGUUUUUUAAGAUAAUCUAUACCUAUGAUAGGUCAUAUUUAUGCAGAUUAUUUUGUUUUCUUCUUAUUAAACUUUAUAGCAGUAGGAUUUGGAUCUGAUUAAUUGAAUGCUUAAUUGGCAUUAUCAAAUACAUCUAAUUUUUAUUAUAAAUUUCCUAUAUCAUUAUCAUUAGCAUUAAUGACAUUUGUUGGCAAUGAAAUGGGAGCUAAGAAUAUUAAAAGAGCCAAAAGAUAUUCAUGGGUUGGAGUCUUAUUAUUUAUUGGAUUUACAACAUUAUUCUUAGGUGCAUUAACGUUUCUAAGAGAAACUUGGGCGGAAUUCUAUUCUGCUGGAAGAUAAGAAAUUACAGAUUUAAUAAUGGAAGUUUAUCCUAUAUUUGUUUUUGGAUUUUUUGUUAUUGAUGGUUUAUAGGGAACAUUAACUGGAAUAUUAAAAGGAAUAGAAAGAAAAGAUUUUGUUACUUAUUCAACUUUACUUGUAUAUUAUUUAAUUGGAAUACCUUUAGUCGUUUAUUUUGCAUAUGAUUUUGGAUUAGGACAAAAAGUUUAUGGUAUAUGGUUUGCAUUUGCUAUUGUGAAUGCUGUUUUAGCUGUAUUAUAUUUAAUAUUAACAUUUACAACUAAUUGGUCUGAUAUGUGUAGAAAAAUCUGUUAAAGAAUUGAAGAUUAACAUAAAAUGUAAAAUCUUAAUGAUUCUCUUAAUAAAGAUUUUGAAGAAGAUCCAGAAAAACUUAAAACAAAAAGAAAAGUUAAAUCAUCUAAAGUUAAGGUAUCAUAAAGUCACAUAAUUAAUUUAGUAAUCUAAAUAAAAGAAAGAUGAAAAUGAACCUGUUACGGAUUAAAAGAAACCUAAAAAGGAAAGGAAACCAAGAAGACCAGCUGAUGAUGAAUAAUAAUAUAGUUUGUAAGCAACAGAACCAACAAAAAUAACAAAAUAAGAGGUUGAUACAGUACCAAUCUUGUCUUGA